UUCAUGUACGGUGAACUGUCUUUAUUGGACAUGAUAUAAAACGGCGAAACCCCACCAGAAACGCCGAGAAGGUCGACAAGACGAAUUUCCUGGACUUCCGACGACUCCAUGUUCACAAUGAAGUAUACAGCGCUGGUGGCAGCGUUUGUGGUGCUUGCAGUCACGUGCGUGGCUGGUCGUAGCGCCCUGCGGGACGUCCCCGAGUGCCCGCCUCCACAGCCAGGCGUGUCGCUCAACAUCACGUUCUACCCUAACGACGAGGAGUGCAACAAGUACUGGGAGUGCGACAACGGGAACCUCUACAACGGCACCUGCCCCGAGGGCCUCGUGUGGAACCCUAACGUCGACUCCUGCGACUUCCCUUUCAAUUACAACUGCACCAGCGGCAAGCAGGCUGCGACCGGGUCCCACCAGGCAGAGGACGCGGUGAGCGCCGAGUCUGCCGGCGUCACCUGCCCGGCGCCGGGCGCCCACGGCAGCCGCAGCCUCACCUUCAUCCCACACGAGGACGACUGCGGCAGGUACUGGAGGUGCGACAACGGCCUGUUGUUCGCAGAGGAGUGCCCGGAGGGCCAGGUCUGGGUGGACAAGAUGAAGACCUGCGACUGGGAGCUCAUGUAUCCCUGUGAGAAAAUUCCCAAAUCUGAGCGCUGGUGGUCUUGGGUAGCUGUCAAGAGGCGUACGAUCCUGAUACCUGAGCCUAUCAAGAAGUUGGCUGAAAGAAAACGCAGUCACGCGCCAGCCUCGUCAUCAUAAGCUGUUUAAACGAACAACAGUCUCUAGCUUAUAUACUUAUUGCUUGUUCCUUAAUCUAUAUUUUUCUGUACAGAAAAGCUAAUAAAUAAAUUUCGUUAGUGAAGCUUUA